ACACACACACACACAAACACACACACACACACACAGAGACAAACACACACACACAGAGACAUACUGUAUACACACACACACACACACACACACAGAGAGGCAGGCUGAGAGGACAGACAGUACUGUAGUUCACAGGUAUGAUGAGGUGCGUCUUGUUUCUGGCUCUGAUGGUCUCUGAGGUUUGUGGUGAUAUGAAUCUACAUGACUACUGGAUGUCCUGGAAAAAAGAAUUCAAUAAAAAUUACAGCAGUGUGAGAGAGGAAACAUACAGGAGAACAAUCUGGGAGCAGAAUGUUUUGGAAGUGAUGAAGCACAAUGAAGAAGCUGCAGCAGGACAACAUACCUUUACCACUGGGAUCAAUCACCUUUCAGACAUGACCGCAGACGAAGCCAAUGCUAAACUGAAUGGUCUGAGGGUGGAUAAUCUUUCUUCUGAAGAUGAUAAUGAUAAUUUCACCUUUCUGAGUGAUUUCUCUCUCCCUCCCAGUGUGAACUGGACUGAGGAUGGAUUUGUCACCCCUGUACAGGACCAGGGUGACUGCAAUGCCUGCUGGGCGUUCAGUGCAGUUGGAGCUUUAGAAGCUCAAAUGAAGAUGAAGAAGGGUCGUCUUGUUCCUCUGAGUGUUCAGAACCUGGUGGACUGCAGUUCUGAGGAGGGAAACCGUGGCUGCUCUGGAGGCCUCCUGACUAAUGCCUUUAAUUACAUAAUAAACCACAGGGGCAUCAGCAAGGACGCUGACUACCCUUAUGAACAAAAGGUUGGAUUUUGCUUCCCUAGUCAUAAAUAUGGACGCUGUUCUGGUUUCCGGGUUCUUCAGCGUUAUAAUGAGUUUGAGCUGCAGAAGGUGGUGGCUAACAUCGGGCCGGUCGCAGUAGGAAUUAAUGCUAACAAUUCCACAUUUUACCAUUACAAGACUGGUAUUUACAAUUACUGUUCUGAAGCUCAACCAGUGAAUCACGCAGUUCUUGUGGUUGGAUAUGGAAAAGAAGAUGGGCAACAAUACUGGCUGGUCAAAAACAGUUGGGGUGUUAACUGGGGAGAAGGAGGAUAUAUGAGACUCCAGAGAAACAACAAUCAGUGUGGAAUCGGCAGCUACAGUGUCGUCCCCAUUGUAUAACCUCAGGAGAUUUUUCCUUUCCUUGCUGUAAUGAACUAAUUUUAUUCAUUAAUCUCUAAUAAAAUGUUAGUCUUCUGUACGUACGUAUGCAUGUACGCAACAUCUGGUAGUUGUGAUGAAAAAACAUUUCUGUUUUUAGAAUGAACAAAAUCCAGAGCUGCUUAUAUUGUAUACCAUGUGGUCCAUUCACCAGAUUAAUGUGAAAUAAAUGUUUGUUUCAGAUUAGCAGCCCAAGCUAAGUGUACUAGCUUGCAAUUUUAACAAGCUUGCUUGUGUCGAUCUUUUGCUAGAUGAGAGAGCAAUGCAAUGGUGACUUAUUCACAUUGUUUAUGUGUACACAAGUUAUCAGUGAGCUGUAGGAGUUGAAGCUCUCUGUAUUACUGCAUCAUUUACUUUUAAAAAUCUUGGAGGAAGCCCCACUCUUCAGGUUCGCCAGGUGCUUAGACUCUAAUUAGAAUUAGUAAUUAUAAUUAGUAAUUAGACUCUAAUUCCCACAAUCCAUUGCACCACCAACUCAGCACACCUGUUUCCUGUUUUUAAUCACCUGGUCUAUUUAAGCUCACUCAGAACUCUCGUAUGACGCGAAGUAUUGUUAGCCUGUCUGCAUACCGAGCGUAUCUUCUCUGUUCUGUUUAUUGCCUCGUUUUUGACCCUGCCUGUUUUUCGUGUUUGAUUGUUUGCUACCUGCCCUGACCUACGCCUGGAUUAUUGACUACUGCUUUUGGAUUUCCAUUGUUGUUGCUGUUUGCCUGGUGUUUUGACCAUUGCCUGUUUUUGGAUUUUGCAAAUAAACCUGCACUUGGAUCUAA